AUGUCCACAGCUCAAGUUCCAUAUUUAAAUUGUAUUAGAAACACAUUGACCGCUUCAAUGUGUCUCCAAAAUUUUGGUUCACAAAUUGUCGAAAGACACAACAAACCAGAAGUUGAAGUCAAAACAAGCAAAGAAUUAGUUUUAAAUCCAGUUAUCAUUGCACGUAACAAAAAUGAAAGAGUUUUAAUCGAAACUUCAAUUAACUCAAUUCGUAUCAGUGUUUCAAUCAAGAAAUCUGAUGAAGUUGAUGUUAUCUUAGCAAAGAAAUUCGUUCGUUUCUUACAACAAAGAGCUGAAAACUUUAUCAUCUUAAGAAGAAAACCAGUUGAAGGUUAUGAUAUUAGUUUUUUGGUUACCAAUUUCCAUACUGAAAAUAUGUUUAAACACAAACUUGUUGAUUUCAUCAUCCAAUUUAUGGAAGAUAUCGAUAGAGAAAUCAGUGAUUUGAAAUUAACACUCAAUGCUAGAGGUCGUAUUGUUGCUUCUGAAUACUUAAAGAACUUUGCUUAA